GCAAAUCUAGAGAAGAUGUGUCGUUCCCUAGAAGAUCAACUCAGCGAGAUUAAAACAAAGGAGGAGGAACAACAGCGCACAAUUAAUGACAUUAGUGCUCAGAGAGCUCGGCUACAAACUGAAUCGGGUGAGUACUCGCGCCAGGUUGAGGAGAAAGAUGCUCUGAUUUCUCAGCUGUCAAGAGGCAAGCAGGCAUUCACCCAACAGAUUGAGGAACUCAAGAGGCAUCUAGAAGAAGAGAUAAAGGCCAAGAACGCCCUGGCCCACGCCUUGCAGUCUGCUCGCCACGACUGUGACUUGCUGCGGGAGCAAUAUGAGGAGGAGCAGGAAGCCAAGUGGGAGCUGCAGCGCGCCCUGUCCAAGGCCAACAGCGAAGUGGCCCAGUGGAGAACCAAAUAUGAGACGGAUGCCAUUCAGCGCACGGAGGAGCUGGAGGAGGCCAAGAAGAAGCUGGCACAG